AUGUCGCUAACUGCACAUUAUGUGAGUGCAGAUUGGAAUCUACGUAAGACAAUUUUAAACUUUCGCCACCUUCCUCCCCCUCAUACUGGUUUGGUUAUUUCAGACAGCAGAGUAGAGAAUCUUUAUUUUGGGGAGAAAAUUUUCCAAGUGAGAUAUUGUGCUCACAUUCUAAAUCUAAUUGUGCAAGAGGAGCUAAAAGUAAUUAACGACACAAUUGAGAACAUAAUAAAGAGCGUGAAGUAUAUACGGGGGUCACCAUCAAGACUUAGUAUCUGGAAUGACAUACUUCAACGUUUAAAUGUUGGAAGUCAAAAAACAUUGAAGUUAGAUGUGUGUACCGGUUGGAAUUCAACGUAUAAAAGGUUGGAUGCGGCAGUUGAGUUAAAAAUUGCAUUCCCAGAAUUUGCAGUUCGUGAUAAAGCAUAUGCUUGGUUACCUAGUGAAGAUGAUUGGAGAAGAACUAAAGAUGUUCGUAGUUUUCUUCGAGUUUACUAUGGCUGCAUGAAGUUAUUUUCCGAAAAUAAAUAUCUAACGGCAAAUCUGUUUCUUCCAAAGCUUUGGAAGAUUAAGGAUGCUCUUCAGAGAAGUGUCACAACAAGCACAAAUUAUAUUCAAAAUAUGGCGUUAAGCAUGCAAGUGAAAUCUGAAAAGUACUGGAGAGAAUGUCACCUAUUGAUGGCUUUAGUUGUUGUACUUGAUCCUUGCUGCAAAAUGGGACUGGUUAGUUAUGUUUAUAAGAAGAUUUAUCUAUUUGACAAGGCAGCAAUUGAAACAUAUAAUGUUCAUGUGGCAAUUGAAGAAUUGUACUCUUCUUAUGUGGGUAAUUCUACUAGAAGUCAGGACACACAACUUACGCAUGAAUGUGGCUCCAGUUCAUCUAUAUGUGAUGACAAUUUUCUAGAUGAGUACUUCUCAGCCUUAGAACAAGAUGAAGUGAGUUAG